AUGAUGUCUCUCAGAACCAGACUCCUAGCAGGUGCAAGACGUUAUCAAUCCACAGGUCCAGUUGUUCAAGUAUAUAAAACACCAUCAAUUUCAUAUAUUGAUGAAAAUCAAAAAAUUCCUGGUCUUUUAAGUGAGAAAGGUUUAGAAAAUGCAUGGUAUAAACGUGCUGAAUUAUAUUGUGAAGGAUUAAACCAUGAAAUUGCUAGAUCCGGGUUAGCACCUCAUGAUAUUGAUGUUUUAGUUAAAGAAUAUGCAAAAUCUCCAUCAAAAUUAAAUUUAUUUAAUAAUGCUUCAUUACUUUCAAAUUUAGAAUUUGCUUUUAGAUCAAUUGGUGAAGUUAGAAGUUCUAAAACUAUUGAUUUUAAUCGAAAAUUAGAUGAAUCUUCAAUUUUACAAACUCCAAAUUUAUCUCAAAAAAUUGAAAAUUUACCAACUGAUGAUGAAUUUGUUAAAUGGAUAAAUUCAUCAUUUGGUUCAAUGUUGGAAUUUAAAACCUUGUUGUUGAACUCUGCAUCUGCUAUAAAUGGUGAUGGUUUUACAUGGGUAGUUGCUAAGAAAACAAAAUCAAAUGAUCAAAAAGAUGAAUAUGAUGAUUUAUUUAUAAUGAAUACUUAUAAUGCCGGGACACCAAAUAAUUCAAUUAAAUUUGGUCAAAUAACUGAAUUAACCAAAAAAUUACAAGAAUUGAAAAAUGAACAUGAUAUUCAUACAACAACUUCAUCAAUUUUAUCAUUACAAGAAGCAAGAGAAUCUUCAGGAUAUGGAGAUUUUGAAUUAAAACCAAUUUUAGCUUUAGAUGUUUCUCCAAAAGUUUGGUUAUAUGAUUAUGGUGUUUUUGGUAAGAAUCAAUAUUUAGAACAAGUUUGGAAUGCUAUUGAUUGGGAUAUUGUUCAAAGAAGAUUACCAACAAGAAGUUCAAGAAUAUCUGAUGCUUUAAAUUAUUAA